GCGACAUCAGAAUCGCGCCAAGCUUUUCUACCUUAACGCAACCCGCGUCCUUUCCUUUGUCACGUUUCUCUAUUUCUGUCUCAGCCCAACCAACAUCACCAUAAUCCACAAAUCCUCGACGCCUUCUUUACCUCCCCCAUCUCUCGACCCCCCACCCGCCCUCACUCGCCACCAUCUUUUCUCAGCCCCGCUCUCCCCUCACAACUCAAGACAACUACCAACACCAUGCCUCCCCAGAUUCACUCGUCGGACGAGGAGAGUGACGACGAUGUGAUCCUCCCAAAAAAGACCGACGUAGCUUCCGACGAGUCCGACGACGAAGUCGCUGCUAAGGACGGAAGCGAAGAUGAGGGAUCCGACGUGGAUGAAGCUGACAACCUGUACACGGUCCACUCGAUUCUGGAUCACAAGUUUGUGGGCUCCAAGCUUUUCUUCCACGUAAAGUGGGUAGAUUAUCCUCUCAAGAAAGACUGGACCUGGGAACCAGAAGAGCACCUCACGGGUGGCUCGGAUGUGAUCCUACAGGACUAUUACAAAUCGAUCGGUGGACGACCCAAGCAGCAAAUGUCGGCGGUGCGUAAGCGUGGCCGUCAGUCCGUCGGAGCGAGCGCUGCUGGUACUCCUGCCAAAUCGGCGAAGAAGCCCAGGACUUCGGUGACAGCCAGCCUUGCUAGCCCGGUUGGUUCCUUCCGCGCGGAGAGCCCCGAUGAAGAGAAGGACACCCGCAAGCAGACCAAGGGCGAUAAGUGGAAGCCUCCUGCGGGCAACUGGGAAGAUGUCAUCUCUCAUAUCGAUACGAUCGAGAAGACUGAUGCCGGUCUGGUCUGCUACGUGCAGUGGAGCAAUGGAAGGAAGUCACAACACGAUGUCUCGGUCGUCUACAAGAAGUGUCCUCAGAGGAUGUUGACCUUCUACGAGCAGCACCUUGUCUUCAAAGAGACAGGAAUGUUGUAACGAAUGAUCCACGACGUCCGAGGAAAUGAGAUGGUGGGAUAGUGUUACGCAACUGUUCACGCUUCACUUUUUCACGACUGUAUGCUCUUUUACACCUUUGUCUUUUCAUGUCCAUCCGUCUUUCUUGUACCACCAAUUUCUUCAUGUCGCGGUUCUCUUGUGGGUUUAGGUCUAUUUUUCCUUCCUUUUUCUCAAUGGGGGUGUUUACAUACGGGAAAGGGGGUGCAGUUGGGGGCUCAUGACAAGGAGAACGGGAGUCAAUUUGUGUUUUAGUUUCUUCUUCCUGUUACUCGCCUGUAUCUACUUUGUUUCUCGCCAUCUUUUGCGUGCAAUACCUCCCUUCGUGCAAUGCUUUUUAUCGUUAGAUACCGGUUAAAUUGAGUUCGAUUCUUCAGGAU